AAUUAGCCCGUUUCUUUUAUUCAGUCCUCCUUCUUUCUUCUUCUUCCUCUCAAGUCUCACCAGUCAUUAUCUCGAUUCUCAAUCUUCCGAUCACCGACUCAUUUCUGGGUUUAUCUCUAAAAUCUUCAGGAUUUCGAGUUUGAUUUGGCUGUUUUUGGAAUCAUCAAUUUGAGUUUCAGUGGUUAAAAAUAGCUUUGAUUGCUGAGAUAAAAGUAUGGGAUCGAGAGGAAUUAUCACCGAUAAGUGGUCAAUGAGGAUUCUAUGGGGUUGUGCAAUCGGCAGUGCCAUUGGUUUAUACAUGGUUGCUGUAGAGAGACAAACUCAGAACAGGGCUCGUGCUAUGGCUGAAGGUUUGAGAGCUGCAGAAUCACAAGGUGAUGGUGAUAGUGUCUAAAUCUAUCUACUUAAGUAGUGCUCACUUGAGUGUUUUUUUGUUAUAAUGACUUCUUCUUCUUCAAAGAUUGUGUUGAUGUAGUUUCUGGUUUGCAAAUAAUCGUAAUAAGGUGAAGUUGCUAAAACAUACAAUUUGUGUUGUUGUGGAAAAAAAAGGUUCUUUCUUUCUCA